GGGCGGGGCCGCGCGCACCUGGGCACCUGGGCGGCCGCGGCGGCGCCGGGCGGCUGCCAGACGUGAGCGAUGGAGGGCGACGGUGGGAGCCCGUGGGCCCUGGGGCUGCUGCGCACCUUCGACGCGGGCGAGUUCGCGGGCUGGGAGAAGGUCGGCUCGGGCGGCUUCGGACAGGUGUACAAGGUGCGCCAUGUCCACUGGAAGACGUGGCUCGCCAUCAAGUGCUCUCCGAGCCUGCACGUCGACGACAGGGAACGCAUGGAGCUUUUGGAAGAAGCCAAGAAGAUGGAGAUGGCCAAGUUCCGGUACAUCCUGCCUGUGUACGGCAUCUGCCGUGAGCCGGUGGGGCUGGUCAUGGAGUACAUGGAGACGGGCUCCCUGGAAAAGCUGCUGGCCUCAGAGCCGCUGCCGUGGGAUCUGCGCUUCCGCAUAGUCCAUGAGACCGCGGUGGGCAUGAACUUCCUCCACUGCAUGUCGCCCCCGCUCCUGCACUUGGACCUCAAGCCUGCGAACAUUCUGCUGGACGCGCACUACCACGUCAAGAUUUCUGAUUUUGGGCUUGCCAAGUGCAACGGGCUAUCCCACACCCACGACCUCAGCAUGGACGGUCUGUUCGGCACCAUCGCCUACCUCCCCCCAGAGCGCAUCCGGGAGAAGAGCCGGCUCUUUGACACCAAGCAUGACGUUUACAGCUUUGCCAUCGUCAUCUGGGGCGUGCUGACACAGAAGAAGCCGUUUGCAGAUGAGAAGAACAUCCUGCACAUCAUGGUGAAGGUGGUGAAGGGUCACCGCCCCGAGCUGCCACCCGUCUGCAGAGCCAGGCCUCACGCCUGUGCUAACCUGAUACGCCUCAUGGAGCGGUGUUGGCAGGAAGAGCCACGGGAACGGCCCAGCUUUCAAGAAAUCACUUCUGAAACCGAAGACCUAUGUGAAAAACCCGACGAUGAAGUGAAAGAAGCAAUUCAAGACCUGGAUGUGAAGAAUCUGCCGGAGCCCAAGAGUGAGGGUGCGCCUGUGUCCACGCGCCUCAAGCGGGCCUCCGCCCCUGCCUUCGACAAUGACCACAGCCUUUCCGAGCUGCUGUCACAGCUGGACUCUGGCAUUUCCCAGACCACUGAGGGCCCGGAAGAGCUCAGCCGCAGCUCCUCCGAGUCCAAGCUGCCAUCGUCCAGCAGCGGCAAGCGGCUCUCAGGGGUGUCUUCAGUGGACUCCGCCUUCUCUUCCAGAGGGUCCCUGUCACUGUCUUUUGAGCGAGAGCCUUCGACAGAUGAUCUGGGUACCACGGACAUCCAGAAGAGGAAGCUUAUGGAUGCCAUCGUGUCCGGGGACACCAGCAAGCUGAUGAAGAUCCUGCAGCCGCAGGACGUGGACCUGGUGCUGGAUGGUGGUGCCAGCCUGCUGCACCUGGCCGUGGAGGCAGGGCAGGAGGACUGUGUUAAGUGGCUGCUCCUGAACAACGCCAACCCCAACCUCACCAACAGGAAGGGCUCCACCCCGCUGCACAUGGCCGUGGAGAGGCGGGUGCGGGGCAUCGUGGAGCUCCUGCUGGCCCGGAAGGUCAGCGUCAACGCCAAGGAUGAGGACCAGUGGACGGCCCUGCACUUCGCAGCCCAGAAUGGGGAUGAGUCCAGCACGCGGCUGCUGCUGGAGAGGAACGCCUCCAUCGACGAGGUGGACUUUGAGGGCCGCACGCCUAUGCACGUGGCCUGUCAGCACGGGCAGGAGCACAUUGUGCGCAUCUUGCUGCGCCGUGGUGUGGACGUGAGCCUGCAGGGGAAGGACGCCUGGGUGCCCCUGCACUAUGCCGCCUGGCAAGGCCACCUGGCCAUUGUCAAGCUGCUGGCCAAGCAGCCAGGGGUGAGUGUGAACGCCCAGACGCUGGACGGGAGGACACCCCUGCACCUGGCUGCCCAGCGUGGGCACUACCGCGUGGCCCGCAUCCUCAUCGACCUGUGCUCUGAUGUCAAUGUCUGCAGCCUGCUGGCGCAGACACCCCUGCACGUGGCUGCAGAGACCGGGCACACAAGCACCGCCAGGCUGCUCCUGCAUCGGGGUGCCAGCAGGGAGGCUGUGACUGCAGACGGCUGCACUGCCCUGCAUCUGGCUGCCCGCAACGGACACCUGGCCACUGUCAAGCUGCUCAUUGAGGAGAAGGCCAGCAUGCUGGCCCGGGGGCCCCUGAGCCAGACAGCCCUGCACCUGGCUGCUGCCCACGGGCACUCAGAGGUGGUGGAGGAGCUGGUCAGUGCUGAGGUCAUCGACCUGCCUGACGCGCAGGGGCUCAGCGCGCUGCACCUGGCCGCCCAGGGCAGGCAUGCGCAGACAGUGGAGACUUUGCUCAAGCACGGGGCCCACAUCAACCUGCAAAGCCUCAAGUUCCAGGGUGGCCACAACUCCGCCGCUACACUCCUGCGCCGGAGCAAGACCUAGCCAGCUCCCUGCAGGGACCAGGAGCCUAUGUGAGGCUCCUGUCCUGUUGAAUGUUCCUUGUGGGGACCUAACGAUUCUGUGUAGGCCAGCCCUGCUCACCCUGUCUUGGCUUGCCAAAACAUUGACCGAGUGACAGGUGCCAUCAGGAAGCGGGGCCUGCUGACCACAGCAUUGCCACCAAGUGAAGUUGGCUGACACAUGCUUGGCUGUUGACCCAAACAAUGAUAGAGGGCCCGGUGUCGGGGGGACAAUGCAUCGGGGUCAUUUUGCUGUGUUCCUGAGGGGCUACUGAUGCUUCUGCCUUAGUGACAAAGCCCAGGCAAGGAUGAGUCCACUUUGUCCAGGCGUCCGGCCUCCAACUGCUCAGAGCGUCCCAGCCUUGAGGGGAGAGGUGCAGGGGGAGAUGUCUCAGUGGUGAGCGGAGAAGCCUGUCUCUGAAAAGUCUCAGUGGAAGUCUUACUUUAUAAAAUAUCUUUAAUAGAUGAACACCAUAUCAGCUGUUGCCUGAAACCUGUCAAAAACGUUCAUAACGUUGGGUGGUCUAGUGUCUUAGGAGUGACUGAGGUCAUGGGGCUGACUUUAAAAACAAAGAUGUUCUACGUAACAAGAAAUGAAAGCAGCAGCAGCACCACUGGGACAGGGUCUCCAGCUCUCGUGUCCCUGGAUUAGUCCACACGUGUCCAGGGACAGCUGCUAUUCAUUUCUUUUGCAUAAAACAUUAGAGCCAUGUGUCUAAAUCAUUAAUAAUUCUCACUUUAUAACUUCAGUUUUGGAUUGAAGUUAUAAAAGUGUUAUCUAGUUGAAGCGUUCAUCUGGUCUCCUUCCAGCUCUCAUUUUUGGUAUGGUGGUGUUCGCGCUGAGGGAUUGUGUUUUGGGGCUUCAAAGGGGUUUUAUGACCUGCUGUGCAAGCAGCUCCCCUGUGUGUCAGAGAUUGGGGUGUGGCUCCAAGGAAACCCUUGGAUGCAAAAGGUUUGACCAUCUUGUCUAUGACUUCAUGUCACCCGUGUCCCGUGUGGCCUUCUGAAUACUAUUACGGAAUAAGUUUAUUGCAGAACGUGACCCUGUGUGCAAACAUGUGCCACGGUCUUGUGUAUGAUACAGAGAUUGAUAUUAAUGUACCAUGUAUGUUAAUGUGAAUCUGGGCGGGAUAUUUCUUUUCCAUGACAGGAGAUAUCCAAACUGUUAGAUCUGGCUAUGUUUUAAUACGCCUCAUUGUGCUUUUACUACAUGUGAUACUGUUGUAUGGAAUCCCUAGAAGAGCAAAAAAUAAAAUCGUUCCAUGUU